ACUGGCACAUACCACUAUACCGAUGUACGUUCGCCUGUUUGACCGACCCCUUUCUGCACUAAGUCAGAUUAUUCUCAGAGCUACAGGCGACAAGGCGGAACCAUGGCGACGAAAUUCUUCCUGCUACUGGCCCUCAUCGCGUGCACAUAUGCAAAUUUCUUUCAAACAGGCAAGUGCCCGGACAACCGCGGUGCCGGUGAGAGGUGGAACCCGGCCGGGACCUGCAUGGAGUGCUACUGUGAUCACCAGGGUUACGGCUGUGACAGCUGUCAGCCGCUGACGCCCAUCAUUGGCUGCUAUCCUGUGGAGUCCAGGGGCCUCGCCUACCCCGAGUGCUGCCCGCGUCUCGUCUGUCCUCCCAUCACGCCGUAAUCAUCUUUACUCGACUGUAUUCCAUAUUUUAAAUAAAUAUGUAUAACCAA